UUUUUGCCUUUGAAAAUUGCUUGAUUUCCCUCCAAAAUAAUGAACAGUCUUCUCGCUAAUGCAUCCUCAACGGGGACAGCCAUAAAUAAGGAGAGCCUUCUCCUCCAUUGCUCAACACUUCCCAAAAGCGUAGCAGCUGCCACUUGGUCAUCCAAAGCCACCAUGGCCCGUUUUCACUUUCUCUCCCUGCUGCUCAUGCUCAUGCUCAGCCUUGCCCAGGCUUUUCUCUCCUCUUUAUCUAAUGCUCAAGGUUACUAUGGCUCGCAGCUUUACCCUUCCGAGUGUGGGGAGAGGUGCUCGUACCGGUGUUCAGCAACUCACCACCGGAGGCCCUGCAUGUUCUUUUGCCAGAAAUGCUGUGCCAUGUGCCUAUGUGUUCCUCCCGGCACCUACGGCAACAGGGAAUACUGCCCAUGCUAUAACAAUUGGAAGAACAAGGCCGGCCGCUCCAAUUGUCCCUGAAUGCGUCUUCACCCUUUCUUUAGUCCCGAGAAGACCAUAGCACUAGCGACUUUUGAUAAUGGAAUUUAGCUUUCAGGAUGAACUUGGAACGCUUCUUUGCAAUCCAAUCAGGUUCAAACUCGUCGUAUACCGACCAUUUCUUUUUGUCAUACUGUAUUUACUAUGCAGUCGUGUUCUUAAUGUAAAAGGACGAGGCUCACUCUGCUCCGAGUUAGCUUGCCGCAUUUUGUUAUCCAUGGUAGUUGAAGAUAAUCUUGCAUACUAGUAAAGUACUGAUUUACC